GGGACGCUUAAUUAAAACUGAGAGCUAACCGGUGGCUAUUUAUAAAUUCUACUUUCGUUUCAGCAAUAACACAUUAAUGUUUGGAAUUACAUUGUAACAUGAAAGACGUGAUAUCAUCAUGAUCUUGUGAUUUUUUAAUGGUAUUUCAAUAUACACUCUCGCUGAGUUGAACGUUGUGAAAAUUAAUCAGUUUUGAAAAAUAUGAGAUUGGAUAUCUUAAUUAGGCCUUACAUUGACCUAGCCCGAGUUUCCUCUGGCCCUGACACCAGGCAUGGUGCCUGGUGCCUGGUGUCAGGGCCAGAUGAAACCCGGGCUAACAUUGACCUAGAGCGCUCGAUCUAGCUACAUAUGUACACAUAGCCCAAAGUUCCUCUGGCACUGACACCAACCUUAGCUAUCUGACAGAUUUCUGUUAUAUAGACCACAUAUGCUACCUCAACAUCAAGACUCAUAUAAUACCAGCAUAGAUAAAAAGGCACUGACAUUCCCAAUGUCUGAAGCAAAGUUCCAGAAGAGGGUACUUAAAUUUACUUGCUGGUAGACAUCAGGUCAGACCUCCAAACAUUAAUGUCAAGGUCACCCCAAGUAUUGGCGCCGUCAGCUUCAGGCUGUGAGACCAUUCCUGUUGUUGCCUCAACAUUGCAGGAAGUUCAUGGAUUUGACGAUAAACUGAAGUCGUUGGAUGAACAACAAGAAUUGAUACAGUACCCCAGCACAGUAGGGGGCAUCAAUGCAAAGGACAAUGUCAGGAAACUUGUUGGAAAGCUGAUGACAAAUGAAGUCAUGACUCAUUUCAACAUGAUGGGGAACAAAAGGAAGCUGGCUUUUUCUAAACUAAACAUUUAUCGGUGUGUUAAAGAAAGUGUUAUGAAGACUUUCAAGACUCAAGUAUGCCCCAGACCGGCGUGGACGUGGUGGUCGAAAGGAGCAGAACUGAACAAAAUAAAAAAAUAAUAAUGGAUACUUGUU